AUCACAUCACAUCGGCUCCGAGAAGAAGGCUUACGGUGUAUUGAGAUCGUCAAGCGGGCUCUACGACUUCCUCCGUCAUAGUCACGCCCUAUAGUUUCCCUCCCCGAGACCUGUUCCACCGAGUAGCUAGCCAUGGCCCAGCACGCCGAGGCGUCGACGAUUCCUUCGGUCAAGGAUCUUGCCAGCAGCGAAGCAUCCAAGCGACGCGCGUGUCUCAACACCGUCCUCGCAUUCCUCAAUGAACAGAGUGCCGCGUCGCCACCGACGCCGACCGAGUGCCUCCAGCUCUGGCGCGGCUUCUACGUGGGGCUGUACAUGCACGACAGCAAGAACGCGCUCUCGGUCCAGAGACUCGCCGCCGAACUGGCCGGGACGCAGAGGAUCAUGGACGAAAAGGACCGCGAGCUUUCUCGUUCCGCCGCCUCUUCCGGAGUCCCAGACAGCGGUCAAGACCAGCACUCCCACCACCAUCACGACCCGUGGCUCGACGUGUGGGCGAGCGCCUUUUGGGAAACCGUGUGUCGGGAAUGGGCCUCGAUCGACCAGUGGCGCAUGAACAAGGUGCUCCUGCUCGUGCGUUUCUUCGUGCGGGAGAUGUUCAACAUCGCGCUCGGCUGGGCCGCGCCGAACAACGACGAAUCAUCAGCGGCCGCGAAAGGCCGGAUCGCGAGUCAGCUCCAGAUCCUGGAGUCCUGGCCGCUCAGCCCGCGCGAGCGCAAGGUGCCGGACGGACUGAGGCUGCGCGUCCUGGACGUCUGGGUGGACGAGCUCGCGGGCCAACUCGGCGCAGCCCAAAAAGCGGUUGACGAGGCCGGGCAGAGUGACGGCGGUGACGGCGGCGACGGCGGCGCCAAGAAAGCGGCCCUCCUCGACACCGCCAAAGCCUUCAUGGCGCCCGUCCAGAAGCUCAGUAAAGAAGCUCUCAGCAAGGGAGUCAAGGUCAGGGCGAAGGAGGCCGUCCAACUGGCCGAGGAGAAAAUCUCGGGAUGAGAGACGCAGGGGCGCGUCACCUCUUCCUUUCCAUCCUCCCAGAUUAUCUAUCCACUGUCCCGGCGCAGUAUUGCUGGACAAUUGACCGUCUCGGAUUCAAAGAGAGCGGGACAUCGCCUCUACUACUCCGUACUCUCCAACCUUCAGUGGUGUGUGGCUCACGGAACCGUGAUCCGGAGAUAGCGCCAGCCACGGAUGAUUGUCGAUUCUCCAUAUUUGAUCAAUCGGCCUUGCGCAAACAAGUUGUUCCCACCAACAACGGCGUUCUCAACAUGACGGGGGAAAACGGUCCACGAAUCUCUAGGUCUGGAAUCUAGAAGGCUGAACACAGGAAAAGGAACAUCACGUCUAGAGACCGCAGAUGGCGAAUCUUGUCAGCAAGGACAUCACCAACUCGAGAGUGGUCGAUAGCACCUAAUGGGGGCUUCGAGGUCAUAUACCAAGACCGGACGACGACUCUACAACAGCUCAGGAAAUCUAAGAUCCUUUCAGUUUUGAGAGCAUCAAAAAAGCCAAAGAUCGAAAUUGUCCGCCGGAGGGCAGGGGCAAAAUUAUGUCAGAACUGUAUCCACGCACAAAACAAGAAUCAUUCAUGGUCCACAACUCCUCGCCUGCCAGAUUAUGCAAACCAACAACCAGAAAACAGGUCCUUUGACAAUGAAUGUUUAAAAGUUUUCAGCUGGAAAAGACAGCGGGCUGCCACCAAUUCCCACUCGCCUUGUUGUCCUCCUGUGUGGCUUUCUCGUGAUCGUGAUCGUCGCUCGCGUCCUUUUUGGCUCCGUCCUCAGUCGCUUCAGCGCCGACAGUGGGAGAAGAGGAAUCUAUCAAAUACAGAAUCGCAGAAAUCAGUACCAAAAUCCACAAACGCUCGAGAUUGAGACUUCAACCAACGUUGAAUCAGAAGUUGAAUCAGAAAUUGUAGUCGCAUUACACCGUGGAAAUGCCAUCAACCAGUCUCACUCAUAGAAUCACGGAAAAAAGACGUACCAACUCCCUGAUCGCCUUCGCCUUCUCUGUCCCCUCCGAUCUGCGGUAGCUGUGGUGCCUCUGUAGAAGUUGGGGCGGCAGUAUCAUCAAUCACAGGCGCAGGGGCCGGUUCCGACGAGGAGGCUUCGUUGGGCGACUUGAUAUCCUCCUCUUUC